AUGAGGCCAGUGUACGCGUCCGCCAAGUCCGUGAUGCACGACCACUUCACCGGCGGCGUGUGGAAGUCGCUCCCUCCUCAGCCGCAGCCAAGCCACCACCAACCCACGCCUCAGCCACAGCCGCCAGUCGGCUCGUGGCACUCGACGUCCCGGCAACCGCACAGCUGCCUGGCGCCGGGCGCGCAUCUCGAAGCCCUGCUGCACCAGAAUCGGGAGACCUUGUCGUCACUUGUGCAUCAGGGCAGCAUCUCCCAGCCCAGGCCGCCCAUGUCCGACUAUUCCGUCAGUCGAGGUGGCUUGCUCGCCCCGGAGCCUCGUCCCUCGCUGCCCCCGUUCUCGGCCACUUCGUCGUCUUCGGCGGCUGCCGUCGCAGCGCACACCCUGCAGGAGUGCUGGUCCCGCGGCGGAGCAACGAGUGUGGCGCCGCCACUGUUUCGCCUCAACUACGAUGUGCUGCCCUCCGGCUGCCUGCACUGGCUAGCGCUCGCCAGAAACAGCGUGGUCAGGCCACAGCACGUCGCAUCUACCGGUAACCUUUUCCAUACCCUCGACCACGUGCAGCAGUUGCAGCAGCAGCAUCAACAGCAACAGCAGCCCAAGCAAGAUAUGGGCGUUCAGACCAGCACCACCACGACCACGACCAGCAGCGGUGGCACUAACUGCUCAAUGGCUCCCAAUCUGGAUGACGCCGAGCUGGCCAUCAACGAUCAGUGCAUUUCUCCCAGUGCCGCUUCCUCUUCUUCGCCCCAUGGUGGUGGGGCAAGCUUCUACGCAUCAACUGCCACAGCCUCGACGCCCUGA